GCCAGCGCCUCUUCUUCCUCUUCCCUCCCGAGGAUGUUGCCGCCGGCUGCUUGUACGAGAUGCAAGGCGCCUACGAUGAAACGCGAUCAGAUGGCAGCUUUGGCUAUGCAACUCACACCAGCGAUGUGAACAUCUUCUUCCCAAGCCAGAAGCGGCAUCCGCUCUUCUCCAAAUGCAAUGCGCAGGUGUCGCUGCUCGGUGAAGGAAAGACCUUGGUGAUCCCGGCUGGAUGGUGGUGGUGUGCUGUAUGCACACAGCCGUCCGUGACGCUGCAGCACGACUACUGGGGCUUCGACAACAGGCUCGGCUUUGUGGACACCCUUUGGGCGCCGUUCGAGUCGAAGCAGACCUCCGUUGACGCACGGAAUUCCAUGCGCCCCGCCUUCUCAGAGCUUCGCGAAACCAUCGCCGCAGACGACGGCCGACGGACCCUCGAG